GCUAAACAGUCUUAACAUACCACAUUCCGCAAAUCAUGUAGAGUCUUUCCCGGAUUACUCUCCUUGAAGUCAGUCAGAGCUACAGCAUUCGAGCCACAGCGCACACUGCGCAGGAGUUUACAGGAAAUCAUGGAACUUUGCCUAAUAAGCAAGAAUUGAGAAUAAAGAAACUACUUUAGUUUAAACCAGCUGGUAGGGACAACAUUGAGUAUUGGAUCAUCCUUGUUUUUUCGAACUUGGCGCUCUCUCGCUGUGGCAAAUACAAGUGGGGAUGGACGGACGGCCAAUUUUUGACCUCAAGGUUGCAGAGCUCCGCAGAGAGCUAGAAAAGCGCAACAAAGAUAAGACGGGCGUAAAACAAGUGUUGCUCGAUCGCCUGAAGGAGACUCUGGAAAGAGAUGGCCAUGAUCCACAAACCUAUCGUUUCAAGAAUGAAGAUGUGCGCAUGAGGCUUGUCCCGGAAACUUCUGAUCACUGGUCCAUAAAUGGUGACGCACAAGAGCAUGAAAAAGUACCUUCUACCAAAGGGCGUGAUCCGUCAAAUGAUGUGUUGAGUGAUGCAUUUAUGAUCAGUGAUCAGUGUGUGCAGAAAAAAAUAACUGAAGAGUCCGUCCCAUACGUUGUUCAAGUUGGCGAGCAGGAAGAAGAUUUAGAUUACGACCUACAAAGUGAAAGCAAUGGCAUGUGUGAGAAUAUGAUUUCCUGCAAGAAUGUUCAGUGCACUACCGGAGAGCCUGGUAAACUUGAAGAAAAACCAGAAAGUUCCAUUGUCACGCAGCAGACUAGUGGUGCGUCCCAGUUAAAUAAGUCAUUUGUCGUGCAAGAAAAUCGUAAGAACUUGUGGAUAAGUAACUUACCAACAUCAGUGAAGGCUGCAGAUCUAAAAAAACACUUUAGCAAAAUGGGGAAGGUGAUAUCAGCAACCGUGGUUGUAAGUACCCGUACUCCCGGUAGCUGUUUUGGAUUUGUACAGAUGGCUUCUGCAGAGGACGCUGCUGCUACUGCUUUAGUUUAUAAUCUAACCGAAUUCGGGGGUUGCAUUCUGAGGGUUGAAUUAACGGACCGCAAAGCACCAACUUCGUCAAGAAAGCCGAAUGGUAGAGCAUCUGUGUUAAACAAAGUAAAAACUACGAAUGUACCCAGUCCUCAGCAAAUAGCAUCCAGUUCCCUGAUUUCUCGAAGACUUUAUAUUGCAAACAGAAGGACCCAACUUCGUCGUAUCGCAAUCAGAAACGCUAUGCUUAGAGAACAACGUAGGAAAUCAGAGAUUUUAUCUACCCAACUUCCACCUUACUCCUCCAAGAGUAUUCCAAACUCAAUGUCUGCGCGCCAGCUGACUAGGCCAAAAUACGGGAUGUCAAAGGAUAAUUUGCGUCCUCGAGGUCGUUUGCUACAAGCUUCGUACUAUCAAGGUACGCCACAAAGACAGACAUCUACACGAGCCAGGUGCAAUCAUGGUGCACAACCGUUUUCGCAUAGAAGACAGGAUUAUACUAGUCGCAGAGUAACUGAGUCAUAUCAGAUUCGCAGAAGACCCACUCUUACUCGACAGUCAUCAAAAUCACCUUUGGCGAAUGCCCGUACAAACUCAAAUACCUAUUCAGAAUAUGACCGAGGUCAUUCUUCCUUGUCCUCUUAUUUAUCCCAAAUGGGUCCACCUACUACCAGGAAGCAUGUUGCAGCCUUCCGUAAUGAACGUCCUGUGGAGAAAGAUAUUCGCGAGACACAUCGUUCUGGUUUCUAUCAACGCAGGCAUCAUCAUCCUCAGUCUCCUGCUCGAUCCUAUGAAUCUAGUCGACUCAUGCGAGAGACGCAAGAGCCACUGUAUGCAGGAAGAAAUUCAUUUAAGUCAGCAUAUGAUGACAGAUCUCAUCGAAGUGAAUCAACACAUCGUCCAGAACCCUAGUAAGUCACAGUUCAGAAAUAUUCUAUGAGGUAGACUUUUUGACUUACGGACACCAGUUAGAGAACCAUUCAGAGUAAAAAUGCAUUGAAUAUUUGUUUCGUCGUAGUUUGGGGAUCUUCAGAAAUAAGCAGCUAGUCUGGUGGAGCACACAGACUCAUCUCAUAGCUCUGUGGUGCUAUUUCCAACUGCUGGCAUGCAUUUGAGUACACACUACUUAAGAGUCGCAAACUAAGGGGAAAUAAAUGUUCGGUGCUUUCUGUAACAGGCCAAUUCGUGAUGUAUUCUACCCUAGAGUGAAUCAGAUCAAUACAACCCAACAAUUGAAAAUAUUUUUAUUCGGAGUUUUAGACUUGUGCGCUAGAGAAAAGUAGUUUACAUGCUUAGGUAUCUUAUUCAGUGAGCAGACAACAUGCACAUGUCAUUGGGUCACAUUCAUUGUGUCACGUUCGGCCAUACUAUAUGGCUGCCUAAGCAUUGGGCUUCGGAUCCGUAAACUACUUGUUGACAAUUAACAGUCCAGCAGCUCUUAUAACUUUUUAGUAGAUAGUGGUCUUUCUUUUAGGUGUCUUCACCACUCUAGUUGGUAGCUAAGUCCUGUUCAACAAGUCUGAAACGCCUUCAUGGUCAUUUAAAGGUAGUCCAUUAAUACUAAUUACGUACAUGACAUGUCACGUAGUCAGUAAUAAGGAGGUUAGGCAGACUGAGCUAGGUGAGGAGGAGAAGCCAAUCACUGAAGAUCAUUGAUGAAAUCACUAUGAUAUGUAUCGAGCACAAAGAGCCACAGGUGAAAUAAAUAUAAGGCCAGAACAAAGUAAAAGGUGGUUUGAGCUACGUAGGAGGGUGUAGACUGUCUGAGUGUUCUCCAGUAUUUUUAGGAGACACAGAUAGGAGCUGUUGGUGGUGACAUGCCAACUGUGGCACACGUCUUCACUUUGGUCAUUAAUGUGCUAAAACUCCUGGGUAAUUCCUAUUAAAUUAUUUUCCACCGUACUUUCUUAUCCACUAUUAUUUUACUAUAUUUCUUUUGUAAUUUUUCUCACGCUCCACCAUAGUUGCAACUUGCGCAGCCUGAGUUUUAUGUGGAGCCCUACGUUAAUAAGUCAACUUGUCUCUCAGUCGAACGUCUAAUUACUGGUAAAAAGUUACCUAAAAGAUAAAAAAUGAAAUUUACAUCUUUUCAAGCGAAUUAUUGCAUUGAGUUUUCGUCAACAAGAACAGAUGGAAGUUAUAAUAUGAAUGCUUAUUAAACGAACAUGAUUGUACCGACUUAGUCUGAAGUGUUCGUGUAAAUUAUGUGUCAUAAAUAGUUUUGUAUCACAUGCGGAUUCAUAAUGGAUUAUGCAUGUUUAUUAUGAUUGUUUCCUUGGGAUCUUGGUGGCGCAUGGAUCUCCAACAUCAUAUCCGCUGUGUAUGCUGUCAGCCUCUUUUCCCACUUCUUGGUUUUCGUCAGUAAGUCUUUGGGUUCAUGUGAUAUUAAACAAAACAUCUACGAAAUCCAGGACUCCUAGAGUCUUUUUAUCGAUCCAACGUAUUCCUAUCUUGUCGCUCCCUACGACUUGCCGCAUUAUCCAGUUCACAGGAAUGUCAUCGGUGAUAGAAGACAGCCUUGUGGUUCUCCUGUCUUCACUUCCGUUGUGGUUCACUUGACAGGUGGUAUUGUUACACUGCUUUUGAAUGAGGUUGAUAAAGACUUGAGCAUUGCACGUUGUGAUGUUAAAGUAGCUUCUAAAUUACUUCUCGGUCAACGCUGUCUGGUGAAGGCCUUUUCGCGGGCGAUGAAGUUGAGGUGAAAGUUUGACUACCACUCUUUGCUUUGUUCGGUGAUAAUAACGCGUAGAGUUGCAAUUUGAUCAGCACAUGAUUUGCCUUCCCUGAAUCCAGCUUGUUCCAGUGGGGUGGAGUUCUGCAUCCAGUGCAUCUUUUAUUCUCUCCAGGAUGAUGCGGCUUAGUAAUUUGCUUAAUGUCGGAAAGAGCAGGUUUCCGCGCCAGUUCUUUCAAAGGUAUGUCUCCCUUCUUUAUUAGUUUGACAAGGUAGCCUUCAGUUGGUACCUUUCCUUCCAAAUUUUUUGUAAUGGAAGCGUCAGCACAUAUGUUGUGGUCUCCGAAUCAUUUUUCAGUAUUUCAAGGGGAAUCCCAUCUGAUCUCGCUACCUUCCCGGACUUCAGUAGCUUGAUUAUAUUCAAGGCUGCUAUUGAUACACGGUGAUGUCCACUCUCAGUUCUUUAGCUAUUGGUGGUGUUUCUGGACGAGUCACAAGUGAUGGUAAGUUCAGUAGUUCCCUGAAGUGGUCAGCCCAUUGUUUUCGUUGUCCGCCCCCUCUCUAGUAAUUAGUUUUCCCUGACCAUCUUCCUUAGGUUUUAUCCGUAUUUAUGUCUUCUUGAACAGAGACCUGUUUAUCUGAUAUAACUCCCUGAGGUCCCUUUUACCUUCGGCCUGCCCGUUCUGCUUCUAACGCUAACCAGUGUGUCGUAGAAUUGCAUGUUGUCUUUCCCACCAACCUUCUUCACUUCUUUAUUCACUGAGCUGUGGACUGAACUCAGUUUCUUUUUUCGCUGUUCAUCUUUGCACUGGUUCAUCUUGUGUUUCAUCGUUCUGCUUGUCUUUCAGUUUCUGAGUACCGGACUUGAAUUGUGGUUUAUCAUCAGUUGCUUUGAUGGCACUCACCUUGACCCUGAAGUCUCAUUGCACUAGGUAAUGGUCUAAGUGCACAUCUGCUCUCCUUCUCAACUUUGUGUUCACCUCCAAUCACCAAAUCGCUGGAAGCGCAGUGAUCUAGGAAGAGUUCUGUAUUUUCAUUCAUUUCGCUGACAGCCUCCCGAUCCAUUAUGGACUCUAUUCCUAUAUUGUCUGCUUCUAGUUUGUCACUCAUAUAGUCCAUAAGGAUUUUGAUGUCACUACUUAGAAUGUCAUCCAAUUCUGUUUGCAACUGUCAAUAGAAAUCUUUCUUUUGUUCUGAGUUGUUUGUAGGCGCGUAGCAUUGGUGGAUUGUAAUCCUCCUUCCUUUUUAGUUGAGUCUUUCCGUCACUAUCCCGGAGGAGAUUCGUUUCAACUGCAUAAAGGUUCUUGAUGGUGUUGAUGACAUCAUGAUAGUCACUCCCUCAGUGUUUUAUCGGAUGCCGUGUGGGAGUAGACUAUUGACUCUCCAGUUAAGAAUUUGGAGAGUCCACAUCUAUUCCACCCGCCGUCACAAAAUCCCAGCACUUAUAUGGUACAUCUCAUUUCUUUGGCAACUUGGGUAGCCUUCCCAGCAUCGUAAAUUGUACGAACAUUCCACGUCCCAUUACUUGUUUUUGUUUUCAUCCAAAGAAAACACGUCGGCUGACUGGUUAUUUGAAGGCUCUUACUAGCCUACGUCAUCUUUUGUUCCGGUAGCUCACUGUUUCGUGCUGAGGGGUGUAGUUGAAUCGUCCUACUCAACUGACUUAGUAAUGGUGGUAAUUCUUAUAGACUUCAGUGCAUCGGUGAACCAAGUUUCGUUUCGGAUAGUAGCGUUCAGUGAAAUACUUGUGUCCUGUAAUUCAAUAGGGUAAUAUCAACGUUUGACUUAAUCCAACUCCUGCAUGACACAUGCUUCAAAUAUGCAUAUGAAGUGUUAGAUGAAAUAAAACUAUAAUUUUGAAAAUUCGAGUAGUUUUUUUAAAUAAAGUAUACUGAGCUUGAGUUGCUUGACAGACUCAGUGUAAAGUUAGUUGCAAAUCAGAAAGGUGUCUGAUAACCAUUUGUUUUAUAGUCAUUGCUUUCCUUUCGAAAUUGAUCAUACUAUAGUGGUAGUUUUUUUAAUCAAUAUUGAGUAGUUAUUUUCUUUGGCUGUAAUUUUGUGUUAAGCUCCGUGUGAAAUAAUCGCACCAUACCAUGAUACAACUUUACUGACCGAUAAUUUUCCUAAUAUCUUCAUUUCACCCUACUUAUAGUUGGCUUUAUACCUAAGUGCUUCAAUGUUCUCUGGAUUGAACGUCAUUGAAGGGUUUGAGCAUAAUGGAUUUAGACAAUGAUAAAAAAACUGAUUAUGUGUAAACUAUUGAAAUGUAGUUAUAGAUAAUUCCGCAGAAUGUUUAAUAUGCUCAACGAAAGUUUUGCUGUUCCUGAAAAAGUUAGAUGGGGUGACGGUUACUCUCAUGAAGAUGUGAGAAAAAGAUAAAUUGCAUUAACACUUAAUUAUCUUUUCCUUUCAGUCAUAGUCACCGUAAUGAUUUCGACGAUCGUAAAUUAUCCGUGGUUUCUCGCCCCGAUACGUAUUCUUCCCAACGUUACCGCACUGAAAGAAACAAUUUUUCGGAAAUACGCCAUAGGUCAAACCUGUUCUCUCGAACAAGACUGGAAGAAAGUCGGCGAGAAUUCCGUGCAGUUAGUAGGAGUCCACCCCGUUCAAGAGACCCUACAAUGAUGCGACCAUAUCCAGUAUCUGCCAGUUUAAGUCGACAUCACAUAGAAAUUAGUCGUCGUAGCCGCAGUCCAUCGAAUUCCCACCGAUCUGAAAUCGUGGAAUACGGGCAUGGUUCAGAACCGAAGAUAGCCUGGCAAGGAGAACAACGUUCCAAAAUGCUCUCUUCAUUGUCGCAACAUCAGUCAUGGAGGCCAGCAACCCAAGCAUUUUUCCAGUCUUCAGCAUAUGCUAAUCGACCUACAGGACGCCGAUAUUAAUUGAACAAUGUUUCUUUGAUGUCCUUCAAUAUAUUUCAUUAUUAGCAAUAAAAAAUUCUUCUUCAUAAUCUAGAAAGAAAUUGUACUCUAAUAAUUUUAGACCUACAUUCAAGUAUUUCGCAAAAGGGAAAUAGUGACCAGCCAGGAAAAACGAACUUCAUUCUACAUAAAAUAAACCCUUUCGAGCCAAAAAAUUCCAUUUCCUGAUAGUACCACAAUGAUGCGUAAAAUACCACCGUAGUGUC